AUGAGUAUCUGAGCGGCUCUAGAAGAGGCAGGGGGAAGGGAGCAGAGAUGAUCGGGGGUUACUGUUAAAUGUCUGCUGUGGGAUUUUAUUCGCAUCACAUGAGACGUGAGGUGUAAGUGAAACAUCACCCAGCUCUUCAUGUGAAUACAACUUGUCCAGCUUACAAGUGCAGAGAUGGUUUGGAUGGAGUCCUGCAAACUUCUUAACUAAGGAGUAACUUGGUCUUUAAAGAACUUCUGCUGUGGAUGAAGAGAGAAAUGAAUCUGCACACGUUGGCCUUGCCCUUCCUCUUCUGAUUCAUCCGGACUAACAGAGCCGACGCCAGCUGACCACCAUGAAUUCCUCCGCCCAGCCGGUCACCAACAACACCCCGCUCUGCUACUCCAUCAACAGCCCCCCCUUCAGGUUCCAGCCAUCCAUUGCCUCAGCCUACUUUUCAAUCAUCUUCGGUACUUUGGGUCUCGCCUCCAAUCUCAUCGCCUUCAUAGUCCUGCUCAAGUCCUUCAGACGGACCCACAGCCGCUCACGCUCCUCCUUCCUGAUCUUCCUGGGCGGCCUGGUCAUCACAGACUUCAUGGGUCUCCUGGUCACCAGCGCCAUCGUGAUCCCCUUCCAUGUUACGCACUUUAACUGGAGGCAUCUGGAUCCGGACUGCCACUUCUGCAGCUUCAUGGGAAUGUCCAUGGUCUUCUACGGACUGUGCCCGCUCCUGCUCAGUGCGGCGAUGGCGCUGGAGCGCUUCAUCGGCAUCAACCGCCCGUUUGCACGCUCCACCAGCACGCCAAAGAGCCGCACAGUCUCCAUGGUGAUGAUGGUGUGGUUUACUGCUGGGUGCAUCGCUCUGCUUCCUGUAACGGGAGUCGGGAGCUACCACAUCCAGAUGCCCGGCUCCUGGUGUUUCUUAAACAUCAGCUCUGAGGGGAACGACCUGAUCUUCUCCCUGCUCUUCUCUCUGGUCGGGUUGGUUUGCAUCGCCAUGUCGUUUCUGCUCAACACUGUGAGCGUGGUGACCCUGAUCAAGGUGUGCUGUGGACAGGACCGGACCCAGCGUCGCAGAGACCACGAAAUAGAGAUGAUGGUUCAGCUCAUCCUCAUCAUGGUCAUCGCUUCCAUCUGCUGGUGUCCUCUCCUGGUCUUUAUUGCAAAAACUGUGCUGUCCGGAGGUCCUCUUCAGGUCAGAUACCUCCUGCUGUGGCUGCGCUUCGCCACCUGGAACCAGAUCCUGGACCCGUGGGUGUACAUCCUGUUCCGCCGGGCGGUUCUUAAAAGGAUGUACCCUCGCUUGGACUGGUCUCGGGGCUCCAUCAUGACUCUGUACCCGUCUCUGGGGAACACGGUCCGCAGGUUCACGCGCUCUUCCAUCGGGAGCGCUCUGAGCUCGGAUGGAAUAGUCGAGACGGGUAAAACUAACGCAGCACAGACUUCUGCGUUGAAGGCGCCGCCUCCUUCGCAGUGAUCGCUGCAGAAUGAAGGACUUGAACGCAACUUUUCAUUUAAUCUGUGACAAAGACAAGGAGCAGGAUUGCACCAUUAUUUUUAUAUUAUUUAAUCUCAUGCAUCUCUUUUUGCAUAUCUCAUAUAUUAGCAGUAUUAGCAGUGUCACUUUAACGUAACGUCUCCAACAGAAACUGCUCCUUUCAGACGUUUAUGUUUGAUAUUUUAACAUCAUGCUGCAGAAAACGAGCGCUCUGUGCUGAUUCAGAAAUGUGAUUCUUUAUUCUGGUGAGUUAAAAUAUGCCUGUGUGUUCAUGUUCUCAUGCUUUAGAGUCACAUCAGAGCGAGGAGGAAGUGUUUGUAUGAUUUCCUGCUCAUACUGAGUGUUGUCCAUGAAUCGUUGCCUCUCUGAAAAUGUGUUUCCUGAGAUUGUUUGGACAACUUAUCCGUCAUCUUUGGAGCAAAGGAUAGUGAAACCAAGCCGAUCUUUAUCUUGUUUGUGAAAAUGCUUCAACGGCCACAGAGCUGCAGCAUCUAUUUCUAAAUAUACACACAAACAAUAUGUUACAGUGCAUGAAUGUCUGUGUUUGGUGCUUUAAGGCCAAACUUUUCAGACCCUGUGAGGUCAGUUAUCAGCUUCUCAGUCGACGCUUCGUGUUUGUCGGCUGCAGAGACAGAGUAAAGUAAAUGUUAUGAAAAGUGGAUCAAAAAGUCCCCACGUCACAGUCAGCUUCAGAAACAGUAUUUAAUACGCUGCAUGAAAGAGUCCAAGUAUUUACAGAGAUAAAGCUCACACAGUUUGAAGAAGCAGGGAGACCAAAGACAACGCUGCCUUCAUCUGUGACAGUGUUAUUAAUCAUAUCACUCAGAUCAAUACAAACAUGUCAGGGUAUUAUGUUACAUGUUACUUUGUGCCUAAUGUUAUUACAUCCAUGCCUUCUCUCUGUAUCACUGAUGUGCUGUUGCUCUUUGGAUUUCAAUCUGACAGACUAAUAACCCAAAUUCAAAUUUCUUCCUCUGUUGGUUUGUCCAUAAAUGGAUUUGUGCUUCCACAAGCCAAAGUUUGAGCCUUUAAAAAGAUGUGAUAUGAAAGAAUAGAAUAGAAUAGAAUAGAAUAGAAUAGAAUAGAAUAGAAUAGAAUAGAACGUACUUUAUUAAUCCCCAAAGGGAAAUUCAGGAAAGUCUAGUGAGUGAGAAAGGGUGAAAAGUUGUGCAGAGGCUAAAGUUAAAGCUAAAGCCUGGUUAACACUGCUGUGUUGAAUCGACGCCAUAGCUUUUUUUCCAUGCCGAAGUGUUACAGACUGCAGUUUCAUGAGUGUCCACUAGAGGCUGGCUGCAGAACUACCAGAAACCACAUACACACCCAUUCAAAAGAGACAAUCUUUACAGCAGA